CAGUUGUUUCUGAAUCAGGAUAUAUUCUACAAUAGGAACGCUAAUAAGCUGAAAGGACAAUGACACUUGUUUUUAUCUACAUCUUGUUUGUUUUGAUGCCGAUGAUCUUAAACCAGGUAUACGUAGAUGCCACUAACGGACUUGAGUGUAUACAAUGUGAUGAUUUCCGAAGGGAGCGAUUCUGUCGUGAAAGUUCUAAUGGUAAUGGUCAUUCUCAAUUCACCGCAUUUACAGUCACUUUAAAUCGGAAUAGUAUAGUAUGGAAAAAAGGAGAUAUUCUGAAAUUCACCCGUGUCCUCACUAAUAUUGGUAACACUUACAAUAUCUAUACGGGUAUUUUCACUGUUGCAACAGAUGGUGUUUACGCGGUGUCAGCUGCUAUGAUUGGAGGCAAAGGUCAAAGCACUCAUGUUUCUCUCCGAAAGAAUGGACAGGUUAUGGUGUGGCUAUUCACUGGUCCUCAAUUCGAUAUGGCAGCUCAAACUAUCAAUCUUGCACUGAGGAAAGGAGACAGGCUUUGGUUACGAAUGGAAGCCCAUCGCGUUCACAUUUUUCAUAUUGUUCAUCCGUAUCAUCAAUUAAGUGCAGUUCUGAUAAAGCCAGGAAAAUUUUGAAAAAAACAUAAUAAAAAGCAGAGCUUUGUAA